AUUUGCAGCCUCUAAUACGUAGGUUAGUACUUAAGGUAACCACCAGUGCUCCCCCACAUCAUCACCAGGAGCUCCGUCACUGCCGCAAGCGUCCACCAUGGGGACGUCCCUCGUCUACAUCGCCAGCUCCGAACAUGACCACCGCCUCACUCGGCUGGUGCACCACCAGAUCAGUACUUGAGCAGAUCUGCACAGCAGCACACGGGCGGGCAGGCACUGGUCAGCCAUGCCGUGCAAGCCCUGUGACGCGCCCAGAGGGCAUUCAUUGAUCGAGCUUGCCCGAUCCGCAGCGCCCCGCUCCCAGCGGACGGAGGUCCCUAGCGCGGCCUGGCAGGAGCCGAGGGUGGGGUAGCAGUGGCAACUUCGAAGCUCCAUGGCGCGCGUCCAGCCCCCAUUGCCGGGACGAUCAACCCCCGACCCCUCGACGACCCUGGGUGAUAAGGGUGCGACUUGCAUGCACUUCUUGGUGUCGAUACGACUUAUCAUCAAUGGGUAAUACUUGCCCUUCUUGCUUCUGAAUUUUGUUUCUCUUCGUACUUCUCCCUUUUUUUGCAAACCUCAAUCGUCUUGCUGCUAGUAGCUGUCUUGCCAUCGCCAUGCCUGAGCUCACUAUCCACUCAUCGGCGCCGCUCGCCAACAACCCCAACAACGUCUCCAUCCCCCGCCUUGGCUUCGGUGUCUACCAGCUCUACUCCCAGUCCUGCACGGAUGCCGUCCUCGCAGCCCUCGCAGCCGGCUACCGCCACGUCGACUCGGCCCAGCUCUACCGCAAUGAGUCCGAGACCGGCGCCGCCGUUCAGCAGGCCAUUGCUGCUGGCCAGCUCCGCCGCGAAGAUGUCUUCCUGACGAACAAGAUCCGUAACCCCGUGCCCGGCGGUCCCGAAAAAACGUACCAAAGUGCCCUCGACAGCGUCCACAAGCUUGGCGGGGACGGCGGCUACGUCGACCUCUUCCUCGUCCACAUCCCCGGCACCAAGCGAGAGGCUCGCGAGGAGAUGUGGCAGGCCCUGGAGAAGCUCUAUGCCGAGGGCAAGGCCAAGGCAAUCGGCGUGAGCAACUUCCGUCCACAGCACAUUGAGGAGAUGAAAGAGUACGCCCAGGUCUGGCCACCCCAGGUCAAUCAGCUCGAGCUCCACCCCUGGUGCCAACAGCGCGAGCUCACGCAAUACUGCCGCGACAAUGGUAUCCUCCUGCAGGCCUACAGCCCCCUUUCGUGCGGUGAGCACCUCGCCGACGAGACUCUCAGUAGCGUUGCGGCCAAGCACGGCAAAUCGCCUGCCCAGGUGCUCAUCCGGUAUGGGCUGCAGAAGGACUGGAUUCCGCUGCCCAAGAGUGGCAAACCCGACAGGAUUAAACAAAACAGCGACGUCUUCGACUUUGCUCUCGACGAUGAUGACAUGACGACACUGGACGGAUUGGACAAGGGCGGCAAGGGUGCAUUGUUCCCUGCCAAUGUGAAAUGACAGGCCCCAAACAAAGGCGCUUCUCUUAACGACGUUUAUGAUAUCCUAAAUCCGGGUAUGGUACCACUGGCUAGACUAUCUAUAUAGACCUGUCAAGGCACGGAGGGUUUCUCGGCCAAGAUUAUGCAAGCUGUGUUACG